GUGAUAUAUAUCAGUCAGCGGAGUGUGGAUAUGAGUAGUGUUGUGAGUGCGGUGUCGCCAGUGGUUCCAUGGUGUCGCUCAAGGUGGUGAUUGUGGUAGGGUGCGUGGCGCUGGUGGUGAGCGCUGCUCCCGACCCCACACCAACCCCGGAUACAAUCCCCUCACCACUCCCUAAAUCCCAGCCAAGUCCCAAGCCUUCAUCAGAGGUAAAUCCAAGUCCAGUUUCACAGUUAAGCUCCGUCGGCACACGUCCCAGGUCUGACACGUCCCAGACCUCUCCUGAUCAGGAACGCAAGACUAGCCCAAGGCUAGUUGAACCCAAGGAUCAACAAGGCACUACAAGGUUCCCUUUCCGAAGGCGACAAUCAGUAAGAUUCAGAGCAACACGUUUUGAUCCGCUGCUUCCGCUGGAGAACACCAGAGAGAAAGGAACUCGCUUUCCUUCCUCGCCGCCAGAAGAUGAUGACAGGGUCAGAGCGCCCUUCUCAGACAUUGUUGAGGAGGACAGCUCAUCGUUGAGGCGCGACAUCAAGCGCAUGCGCGUGGGCUUCACACCAAUGCUGCGACCAGUUCUGCUUGACCCGGAAGGCAAUCCUACAGCGAGGCCCUUCACUUCGCGGGGUCUGGAGGUACCAGUUGGUACGGGUAUACUUGUCAACAGCGGCACUGGAUCUCCGGGACCUUUUGGCGUCCCUCAAACUCCAUUCAUUAACUCCCCGGGUCGACCGUUCAACCCUUCAGGACAGCCAUUUGAUGGUUCCUCAGGUCGACCGUUCAACCCUUCAGGACAGCCAUUUGAUGGUUCCUCAGGUCGACCGUUCAACAACCCUUCAGGACAGCCAUUUGAUAGUUCCUCAGGUCGACCCUCUGGGAGUGACACUCCACAAUUCAAUUUUCCUGGUGUCCCUCCUCCACCCUCCUUCCCGUCCUUGCCUCCUAAAGGAUUUCAAAGCCCUACUUUUCCUGGUUCUCUUUUCCCAACACCUGCUGCCCAAAAUCCACCCAAGCCGCCGACGCCUAAUGCACUCUUGCCGACCACACCAAGGCCAUUCACCCCAAGUCCAGCACCCCUUAGUCCCUUUAACCCAAGUUUCUUUACUCCAAGACCAACAUCCCCAAGUCCCUUUAACCCAAGUUUCUCUACUCCAAGACCAACAUCCCCAAGUCCCUUUAACCCAAGUUUCUUUACUCCAAGACCAACAUCCCCAAGUCCCUUUAAUCCAAGACCGACAACUCCAAGUCCCCUUUCCCCAUUUCCGACAACCCCAAAUCGCUUUAAUCCAAGACCGACAACACUAAUUCCCUUUAAUCCAGUUAUAACAAGUACAUUUACCCCAAAUUCCUUUAUUCUAAGACCAACAGUCCCAAAUUCGUCUGCUCCGGGAUUUUCAGUUCCCAACAUUUUAUUCCAAGGAAAUACUACGCCAAGACCUUCUUUCCCGGUACCUAACACCCCAAAUUUCUUUUUCCCGGUAUUUAAUACACAAAAUCCAACAUUCCCAGUAUUAAAUAACCCGAAUUUUCUUUUCCCGGUAUCAACAACCGCCACUCCUCCUUCUCAGAGACCAUUUAACUUCCAAACAAUAUCCCCUCCCUCCACAACGCCAAACAUUCUUUUCCAAGGGCAAAAUGGCCAAACUCCCUUGUUCCCUACACCCACGACGCCUCAGAGUCCUUCACCACACACACCAUCCACUCCGAACUCUGUGUUCCCGAGACCACUAGGGUCUCCUGCAGUGUUCUCCAGACCAGCAGGUUCUUCUCCAACCUUUCCCAGACCAUCGUUACCUUCAGCGCAGCCUCAGAACCCGGGAAAUUCAGCUCAAGGAUUUUUCAAUCCAAAUUUAAGACCCAAUGUUAACCAGUUCCCGCUCCUUGGUCAGCAGAAUCCCAACACUUUCCCGGGUUUUCCUAAUUUCAAUGGAAUUCCAGGGAUAAGCUCUUUCUUCCCUCAAAAUCAAGUGUUCUCCCAAUUCCCUAAUCAAAAUUUCCAAUUCCCAAACGGCGGUAAUGACCCUAGCUUUCUCAACAAUCAGUUCGGCCCGCAGAACUUCCCUAGCGCCUCGGACUUAAGACCGACUCGUGACAACACUACACACGACGAUAGUGACAUGGCCGCAAGUGCUUCCUCGUCUGCGGUGGUCGUGCUCCAGCCUCCUCCUCAUCAUCAUGAAUUCAGACACGAACCUUACUCUUAUGGGUACUCGGUGGACAGUCCAGAGAGUGGAGAUAUCAAGAGUGCUCAGGAGGAGAAGGACUCUCAGGGUGUAGUGAGAGGCAGCUACAGCCUCGUACAACCAGAUGGUCGCGUCAGAGUGGUGUCCUAUGUUGCUGAUGCUCUCCAUGGCUUCAGAGCUGAUGUUAAGUACCUGCCAGCGUAGCGCCUGGGUCGACAGGGAGUGGUGUGUGUGUGUGAGAGAGCCAGACAGAGAGAGUAAAGCAACUUGGGAAGUCGAAGCCUCAACCACUCGAUCAGACCUACCUGCCCGUGGUACCUAUUCCAUGGGUUCUUCAUAAAAAAUCUCUCAAGUUAUGGCUACUGUUAUCAAUGUCCUACGAACAGUAGCAAACAAGUUUAAUUAUUAAAUUAAAUUCUAGCGACUUCUCAUUGAACCUCUCACUGGACUUGGUAAAAUAUGGUGUAACUUAUCAAUACCUCUCCGAGGACUACGUGCAAUAAAUAAUAUGCUCUAUGUAUAUACACAUUAAAUAAAAGUUGCAUAUUCAUC